AUGCGCGGUGUGUUCCCUUGCACGAAAUACGAGUGUGCUGCACCGGGGUUUGGGCAGCGCCGCAGCUUCCAGAAAAGGCGGUGGGGAGCUUGGCAGCAGACACACACUUCCCUCUCUGCUUCCCAGUUCCUGCGGCGACAGCAGGUUCUGCAGCUCUACAGGAAGAUCCUGCGGGCGAUUCGCGAGGUCCCUGCUGAAGCAGACCGCCGCUAUCUACAGGACUGGGCCCGGGAGGAAUUCAGGAGAAAUAAGGAUGCUACGGAAGAGGAUGCAAUCAGGAUGAUGAUUACACAAGGCAACAUGCAACUUCAGGAACUUCAAAGAACACUUAAGCUGGCAAAAUCCUGA